GUGUGUGUGUGUGGGUGGGGGUAAGUCCAUGGCAGGGGGCAUAUACUUUUUCCACGUGAGUCGGUCAUGCUCUUUAACCAAUCAGAUGUGACCUAGCCAUUUCAACCAAUCAUAACCUGGCAGGAGCGCAGGCUAAAUCCUGUUUACAUGAAAUAAACCUGCUCCCGAGCAGGUUCAAGCUUACGGAUAUGUUGCUAUGACAAAAAAUGCUAGAAGCGCAUCGAAGAACGAAACAAUCCAAGAUCAGGUCAAAUCCACAACAAUCAAAUCCAGCUAACUGAGUUAGCGACGUACGAAGAACGGACCCCAGGCCCCCCCAGGACCCUGUAUACAGGAUAAAGUGGUGUAAACAAUGAAUGAAUAUGACUGGCGUAGAGGAGGUGCCACUGUGUCGUCCUUCCCGUGGGUCAAGCAGGGCGGAUGACUUCAGCCCAAACACAAACGGAGAUGCUCCGUGUGCUGUGGAGGAAGAUCUCAAACCCGAGGAGGAAGAGUUGGUACCAAAAGCAGCUCGGCCAAUACAGAUAGUUGUUGCAAAUGGGAACGACCAUAAGUUUGAAUUGGAUGAAGUGGCAUUGGAGAAGAUCCUAAUGCAAGAUCACAUUAAAGACCUAAAUGUGGUUGUGUUGUCUGUGGCUGGUGCUUUUCGCAAGGGCAAAUCCUUCCUACUGGACUUCAUGCUACGCUAUAUGCACAAUCAGUCAUCUGAGUCAUGGAUGGGAGGAGAUGAUGAGCCAUUAACAGGUUUCUCCUGGAGGGGUGGUUGUGAGAGAGAGACAACAGGAAUCCAGGCCUGGAGUGAAGUGUUUGUUGUGGACAAAACUGAUGGCAGUAAGGUUGCUCUCCUGUUGGUUGAUACUCAGGGAGCUUUUGAUAGUCAAUCCACUAUUAAAGACUGUGCUACGGUUUUUGCCCUCAGCACUAUGACCAGCUCCAUACAGGUUUAUAAUCUCUCGCAAAAUAUUCAAGAAGAUGACCUACAGCAUCUCCAGCUUUUUACCGAAUAUGGUCGCUUGGCAAUGGAGGAGGUCUAUGAAAAGCCAUUUCAGAAACUGCUGUUUCUAAUUAGAGACUGGUGUUACCCUUAUGAACAUGAGUAUGGACUAGAUGGAGGGAAUCGCUUCUUGGAACGGCGGCUGCAGGUGAAGCAAAACCAGCAUGAAGAGCUACAGAAUGUGAGAAAACAUAUCCACUCAUGUUUCUCAAACAUUGACUGUUUUCUGCUGCCUCACCCAGGCCUGAAAGUUGCAACCAACCCCAACUUCGAUGGCAGACUUAAAGAUAUUGAUAGUGAUUUUAAGAACGAGCUGCUGAAACUGGUACCCUUACUGCUGGCCCCUGAGAACCUGGUGGAGAAAGAGAUAAAUGGUGCCAAGGUGACAUGCAGGGACCUACUGGAAUAUUUCAAGGCAUACAUCAAAAUCUACCAAGGUGAGGAGCUCCCUCAUCCCAAGUCCAUGUUGCAGGCAACUGCUGAAGCCAACAACUUGACAGCUGUGGCUGGGGCAAAGGACACGUACAGCCGGACUAUGGAGCAGAUAUGUGGUGGAGACAAACCAUACAUGGCACCAGUUGACCUCCAGCGCUAUCAUGAUGAGCUGAAGGAAACCUCUGUCCAGAAGUUUCGUGCAGUUAAGAAAAUGGGAGGAGUUGAGUUUAGUCAACGAUACCAGGAACAGCUAGAGUCUGAGCUUGAUGAAGUUUAUUCUAAUUUCACCAAGCACAACGAAAGCAAGAACAUCUUCUAUGCAGCAAGAACGCCUGCAACUUUGUUUGCGGUCAUGUUUGGCAUGUACAUAAUUUCCACUGUAACAGGGUUCAUUGGCUUAUCACUGAUUGCUGCCCUGGCCAACCUUGUGAUGGGGGUGUCUUUGAUGUCACUGUGUGCAUGGGCAUAUGUGAGAUAUUCGGGUGAAUAUCGAGAAGUGGGCGUGGCUAUAGAUCUUACAGCAGAAGCCUUGUGGGAGCAGGUGCUGAAGCCAAUGACUGAGCAAUACAUGGAGGAAAAUAUGCGCCAGACUGUAGUUAACUCCAUAAGAGCCAGUCUGACUGAACAAGUGAAGCAAACUGCAAAGUUAAAAAACAACUGACCCCUUGCCAUGUCUUUCAUGUCUCUUAUGUUCAGUGUGUACAGAAUGUGUUUUUGCACAGUUUUAUUGUGGACUCUUGUACCCUUAGGUUGCAGAAUUAAAACCAAAGUUUACAACCCAGACUAGACAUGAUGCACACGUUUAGUAAGUGACUGAAGCUUUGUCACUAUAAUUAUAAUAUGCAUACCUCCUGUGGGUUUUGUUUCUUCUUCUUUCAGAAGUAGAUAUAAAAAAAAAUGAAUCCACCAUUAUUUUGUCAGUUUUACCAGUUCAAUGUAUUGUCUGUCUCUUUUUGGAUCAUUAUUUUGUGCAAUUUGAAUUUAUAUUCAGAAACACACAAAUUAAAUGUUGACAUUUAAAUGUUGUUGAAUUCAGGAAUAAUGCGGCAGUUCAAUGUCUGCUCACUCCAGAACUUUUACUUGUUUAAAAACUGACCUAUUUACUCAAGGCACUUCUUCACAUUAUAAAGCCAUGCAGAAAUGUAGAAGAGAAAUGUAUCAUAAUACCCAGCAUGUAUAUGAAUGUAUAAAUAUAAUUUUAAUUAUAUUUCUAGAAAAUGGGUUGCGUCUGUUAGUUUAGAAUUGGGUAAUUUAAAUGUGAAUUCAUCUGCUUACCUACUGCCACAGUACUUGGUCAUAUCACACACAAGCCUGCACUGCAAUGUGUAGGAUAACUUGCUUCGUCUGCCUUCUAAGGCGAUGUUGUAAUUUAUUUUUUAUGUGAUUAAAAAUAUUUAAAUAGC